AAUUGACAUGGAUAAUGUGCUUCCAGGUGAUUAUCAGCAUAAUUGGUCUUCUUUUAUUUGGGAAAUUAUUAGAGCCUUUAUGGGGAACAAAGAAGUUAUCAAAGUUCGUUUUUAUUGUCAACUUCUCAACUUCAAUGUGUGCCUUCGUAACUGCUAUUGCUGUGUACUAUGUAACACAACAAGAGAGCUACCUGUACACUCCUCUUUCUGGUUUUUAUGGGGUUCUAUCAGGAUUGCUAGUGGGCAUCAAGCAACUUAUGCCAGAGAUGGAGCUUAGUCUUUUCGUGCUGAAGAUUAAGGGAAAGUGGAUCCCAUCUCUUACUGCACUAAUUUCCAUUGUUGUAAGCUUCUUCAUGAAGGACUUGGUAUCUUAUCUCAAUGGCCACUCUCUUAUUUGAUGUGCCUACAAACUUUUUUGAUGGAUUCGACCUGUUAUGUGGAGUGAAUGCAUAUGCUGAAUCUGGGUUCCUACUAACUCAACAUUACCUGCUUGACCAAAACAUCGGGACAGUUUCAUUCAUGUAUGUGUAGAUUCUGCUCAACCUCUCUGUACAUGUCCCUCUGGCAGUUCUUUCUCCCCUCACUCUAAUUGCUCCAUGGCCACCACCAGC